UUAAUUUCAAUUAUUUUUCUUCCAACUUUUGAAGAAAUCAAUUUUAAAAUCGAACGGCACUGUUCAUUCUGAUAAUCAAUCAAUAAUGCAAUCAAUCGACUUCGAGCUCACUGAAGUUGAUUCUUCCUUCUUGUGUUGAUUUCGAUAAACUCCGGGAGUUGUUCUUCAAUUCUUCUGCGCAACUGUUUUCUUUUGGGAAUUUUGUUCUCGAUUUCGUUUGUUCUACUCUCUCUGUUCAGAAAACCCUAGAUCGUUCUUCGUCUCUGUAGCAAUGGGGAGUAGGAAGGAGGAGGAGCGGAACGAGAGGAUUAUAAGAGGCCUUAUGAAGCUUCCACCGAAUAGGAGGUGUAUUAACUGUAAUGGCCUGGGCCCUCAGUAUGUUUGUACAAACUUCUGGACUUUUGUUUGUAUGACUUGCAGUGGAAUACAUCGCGAGUUUACUCAUCGAGUUAAGUCAGUUUCGAUGGCCAAGUUUACUGUCCAAGAAGUUGAAGCACUUCAAAAUGGUGGCAACCAGCGAGCAAGGGAAACCUAUUUGAAGGAUUGGGACUUUCAAAGGCAGCGAUUGCCAGGUAACAGCAACAUUGAAAAAAUUCGGGAAUUUAUAAAGAAUGUAUAUGUUGAUAGAAAAUAUGCUGUUGGAAGAACAUCCGAGAAACCUCCUAGAGAUAUGCAGAGUCAUAGAAUCCAUGAAGAUGAGACUAGGCGAGCCAGUUCUUAUCAUUCUUACUCCCAAAGUCCACCUUAUGAUUAUCAAUAUGAAGAUAGGAAAUAUGGAAAACAAGCUGCUUCACUUACCAGGAAACCUGGUUCAGAUCGAGGUCGAUAUGAGGGGAAAGUGUCUAGUUCAGUCUUUAGUCCCGGUCGCUUAAAUGAUCAAACCUCUGAGGAUAGGUUUGCUAAUGAGGGGUAUGUCUCGAGGGUUUCAGACUUUUCUGUCUCUAGUGGAGGCGACCCUUUCAGAUCUGGUGUUCAUUCACCAAAUUUUCAGAAAGACUCAGGAUUUAGCAGUCCGCCUUUUUACUGUGCUAGAGAUAUGCUUAAUGAAGAUACAGGACAGCGGAUAGGUAGGAUGUCUGUAGAGGCAAAUGGCCAGAGAGAUGCAUGUGGAAUCUCACGUCCACAGAGAACAAUGUCUUCCGGUAGCUUUGGCUCAAUAGACAGCAACUCAACAUCUCUGAAGUCAUAUAAUUCAGCUGGCUUAACUGAUAGCAUGUUGGAACCUGAGCCAAUUGCACGCAACAAUCUGGAUAAGAUGCCUAUAUCUCGGCAGUCAUCUGUUCCUGGAGUUUCCAUUAAUUUGAGUUUUUUUGAAGAACCAUUUGCACCAAAACCUGUCUCUGCUGUAACUCCAACUGUUGACUUGUUCCAGUCACAGGCAUCAUUGCCUGCUCCACCAGUGGAUUUGUUUCAGUCGCCAUCUGCAUCACCAUCUUAUUUUGAAGAUCAACCUCAACACAGGUCACCACCACCUCAAUCCCUGCAAUUCUUUCCUGAGAGUAAUCCACAGCAUUCAGCAACAUUGGAUAAAAUGCCAUUAGAACCAGCAGUCCCCAAAAAUGAAGGAUGGGCCACAUUUGAUUCACCGCAAGCAACAUCAUCUGUUCCUAGUUCUGUUAAUGUCAAUGCUGUGAAGAAUCCUUCCAGUGAAGGAGCUUUUGGAAAGCUUGAUCCUCCUUCCAAUGAAGGUGCUUUGGGAAAGUUUGAUCCUUUCUUAUCUUCUAAUGCUGCUGUUCAGUGGCCGUCCACUCCAAAUUACAUUGCUCACGAUCCAUCUUUAUUAGCAACUAGUCAAUGGCAUAAUGAUUUGCCUGAUGCUCAAGCUUCUGCUUAUGGGACGAGCACCAAUAAGCCUUGGAAUGCAUUUGAAGACGCUAUCACAGACCUCUCCCUACAGGGUGGUAAGCAAAGUACUGAGCUUCAAGUUCCAGGUCAAGAGUUCCUACCUUCUUCCGAUGGACAUUUGUUAUUUGGAGUUGCAGAGGGAGAGAGAGGUACACAGAUAACCAGUUGUAAGUCGACAAACCCAUUUGACCUUCCAUAUGAUCCAGAUUUGGAGCAAACAAAUAUGUUUUUGGACAUGAGCUCUUUGCAGUCUGCUCUCCCUAAUGCACAGUUGCCAUCCACCCUAAUUGGUGGUUCACAACCAUGGUUUCCUCAAAAUCCAGCGCCAUUUAUUCCAACUGCAGGACAAGGUGGGUUAUCACUCAUGGCAGGGCAAGCACCAGGCUCUCAAAUAUCGAACAUUACUCCACCGGAAUCUGUUGCUUCGAUCGGAGGAAAUCCUUUUGCGUAAGGAUAAUGGUUGUUUCUUAGAUGUAGCAUUUUCCCUUUCCCUCGGUAUAGAAGGUUUUCGAUGCACACAAUUAUUAUCCAUUAGUUUGUGUAUGAACUUCAAAUCAUUGUUGGUAUUAUUAUUUUCUGUUUAUGAGUUAUCUUGUUCUUUGACAUUGUGCUACAAAUUUUUUGAAGAUGUCAUGUGUAAUCUGCAUAGCAAUGUCAUUGUUAAUGUAAUAGUGUACUCACUUCCCUCGUAAUAUUUUAGAUUAAUUAAUGUAAUUGUAUUUGUUGGUAAGGUUUCAUA